GGGACCAAGGCAGCAGCAGCCGCAGCCUCGUGUCCUGGAGAGGAAAGCCUAGCGGAGGCUCCAGUCCAAGUCCCUGCAGCACCAGCGUUUUUGACACCCGAGGCAUUUUUCUUUCUUUCUUCCUUUCCUUGGCUGCCUGGCAAAGAUGAGGAAAAAGUGGCGACUGGAGAACGUGAGGUUUGUUUUUGCCUGCGUGAUCUGCCUCCUCUUCAUCGAGGGAAGUCAAACUGAACAAGGGAAAUAUUCAGAAACCUUCUGUGUGUUUCAAGACAAGAAGUAUCGGGUUGGCGAGAGGUGGCACCCCUACCUGGAGCCCUACGGAAUUGUUUACUGCGUUAACUGUCUUUGCUCGGAGAAUGGGAAUGUGCAAUGCAACAGAAUAAGAUGUCCGAACCUGCACUGCGCCAGCCCCGUCCACGUCCCCCAGUUGUGCUGUCCCCGAUGCCCAGACGAUUCUCUCUUCUCCAUGGGCAGUAAGACCACAGGGAGAUCCUGCGAAUACAAUGGCACAACCUACCAUCACGGGGAGAUGUUUGUGGCGGAGGGACUCUUCCAAAACAGGCAACCCAACCAGUGUGCCCAGUGCAGCUGUUCUGAAGGAAAUGUCUACUGUGGCUUGAAGACAUGUCCCAAAUUAACCUGCUCCUCCCCAGUCUCUGUGCCUGAAUCGUGUUGCCCAGCUUGCAAAGGAGAUGGGGAGCUAUCGUGGGACAACUCAGACGGUGACAUCUUUCGGCAACCAGCCAACCGAGAAGCCAGGCACUCUCCCCAUCGGUCCCAUUAUGACCCACCGCUCAACAGUCCCAGGCAGGCAGCCAACAUCCCACGGUUCGCUGGAGGCAGAAGUAACAGAGGAGCCUUACCGGACUUGCAGCAAGCUUCUGGGACCAUUGUUCAGAUUGUCCUCAACAACAAACAUAAACAUGGACGAGUGUGUGUUUCCAAUGGCAAAACCUAUUCUCACGGGGAGUCCUGGCAUCCUAACCUGCGGUCCUAUGGAAUUGUCGAGUGCGUUUUGUGUACCUGCAACGUCACCAAGCAAGAAUGUAAAAAAAUCAACUGCCCGGAUCAGUAUCCCUGCAAGCAGCCCAAGAAAAUAGAAGGAAAGUGCUGCAAAGUCUGCCCAGAGGAAAUUGAAAGCCAGGAGCUUGACAGCAAAGAAUAUUUCUGCGGCGAAGAGACGCUGCCGGUCUAUGAAGCUGUUCUGGCAGAAGAGGGAGAAACCAUCCGAAAAAUAGCUUUGGAGAGAGAUCAGCCGUCGGAGGUAGAAGUCCAUGUCUGGACCAUUAGGAAAGGUAUCCUGAGUCAUUUCAAUAGGGACACGGUGUCCAAGGCUGCAUUCAGACAACUUCCCCACUUUAAGAAGAUCACAAAGACCACGCUGAGCCAGUGGAGAAUCUUCAGCGAAGGAGAAGCUCAGAUAAGCCAGAUGUGCGAGAGUCGGUUGUGCAGGACUGAACUGGAAGAUCUGGUUAAGGUUUUGUAUCUCGAGAAGUCUGAGAAGGACCACUGUUAAAAACGCCAGACUGAAAAGGGAAACGCAAGGAAGCGGAUGAAGGCGUGGAUCUGCAGCUGGACUGCGGGCUGAUUUUGCUUGCCAGCGCCCGAAAGACCAAACUUACCAUGCAAGACAAUAUUCAUCUCAUGCCCAGCAUAACUUGCAGCUUUCUGCAUAGAUCUGUUCAAGCCUUUAAAUCUUUCUCCCCGCCCAACUUUCCCUUAUUCCCUGCUGCAAAAAGCCCAGGAGGCUCUGCACUAUUCAGAGCUUGGAAAAGAUAGGUUUUGUCAAACUAAAACUCCCCACAUCAACUAUCCAACAGUGGGGCUGGGGGGAUUAUGGUUGUUGUAGUCCAAUAAUUUUUAUUUUUCAAGUUCUGGUGCUCUUUGGAAGAAAGAACAGGAGGGUUUAUUUCCAUGUAAAGGGUUGUUGCUUUUGGGAAAGUUAAUUCGUACCAGGCUGACAAAAAGGCAAAAGGCUAAUAGUUGUUAGUUAAAGACAAUAGCUGACAUUCUGUUAGUGACAUACACAACCUUUAACAUACACCUGCAUAUGUCUUUUUGUUUUCAUUGCAGAGGUUGGUCUUCUAUUCCUCCCGCUGCAAGAGCCAAAGUAUCCCCCAGGACUCAAUAUUUUUGCUGGGAUAACUCUCCCUUGGGGCUUAUAAAGUGGCUGGUGGAGAAUGGAAGGAAUCUGAGAAGAGUCUGGUUUUGUCCCUGUUGCCAGAUGCAAAAUAAUGGCAUACUAUACCAAGACUUCCAGAGGACUGUAGCACUUCUCAGUGAUUGCUGUCAUCCAUUUGUAUCUAGUUACAGGAGCAGAGCCAGACACUUCUCCGCCAGUCACUGAAUGGCCAGGAAGACUCCAGUAACUAAACAGUGAGUCCAAGGGGUUGGAAACUGAGAGAGACAUAGCAUAAUUCUACCUAUAGAUCUUUCACACUAUUCUCUGCAAUACAGGAUCUCGGCCGAUGUCACCUGCACUGAUUGAGAAGUCCCAAGAUGAUUCAGGGUUAGGGAAAUUAGGAAGGAGAUGGUCUCAGCUGCCAAAAGACAUGCCCACAUUCUACUAAGGGACAGUGAUAUUGGAGAAUCUGAAAUGUAAAGUGAGACUUCAAGCCAGCAGACACUUUUCCUCGGGUCUAAUGACACGUUACAUGCUAAAAUGUGUAAGAGUACCAGGAUGCCAUUGUUGUUCUUUGGGAGCAACAGUC